UUUGCAGUCCAAAGUGAGUUGCCUGGAUCAGAUUCCAUCUUAAGCUUGGUGUGCUGUCUGGACAUAAUGAAAGUGAAAGUCAAGUGCUGGCAUGGAGUCGCCUCUUGGCUCUGGGUUGCCAAUGAUGAGAAUUGCGGAAUUUGCCGGAUGGCCUUCAAUGGCUGUUGCCCAGACUGUAAGGUCCCCGGAGAUGACUGCCCUUUGGUAUGGGGUCAGUGUUCCCAUUGUUUUCAUAUGCAUUGCAUUCUGAAGUGGCUCAACGCCCAGCAUGGUCAGCAGCACUGCCCAAUGUGCCGGCAGGAGUGGAAGUUCAAAGAGUGACGG